UGUACCCAGGCACACAAGUGAGGCCAUCAUUCCUGCCUGGUUUGUCUCUCCCUGAUAAGCCCCACUUGAUCCUUCACAGGCUUCUUGGAAGCCUCAUAUACUUUUUCCUCAUGUACUUUUUUCCCUCCUAAUCAAGGGUCUUCUUCAUCUUUUCUAUUGCCUUUGGCCCAUCCCUGUUUUUUCCCUCAUAUACCAAACCUACUUUCCUCCUAAUCAUUUACUCAGCAAUCAAAUACCUGGAAUAUCACAGAUAAACAAGUAUCUUGUAAGUUUACAUUUCACACACAUAGGCCAAAAGCUGAGGACAAUGAAUGUCUUGUUCAUCUCUGAAGCUCCCAUAACACCUGCAUAGUACCUGUCUGUACCCCAAAAGUGUAGACAUACAUACAUGAAGAGGUGGAUCUUCAUCACAAACCCUUCAGGCCCUAAAAUAGAAAUAGUCUUUCUUUCACGGACUAUAUUGUUCUAACAGUCUCUGAUCCCCACUUCAGGGACCAGCCCAGGGCCAAAGCUAAUGGGUGAGGUUGGAAAUACCAGCACUUUCAACAUCUCCUACACUAACUUCUUCCUGGUGGGCUUCCCUGGAUUGCGAGACUGGAGGCUCCUCCUGGUCCUGCCUCUUACCUUCCUCUACAUGACCAUCAUCUCUGCCAAUGCCCUGGUCAUCCAUACGGUGGUGGCCCAGCGGAGCCUGCACCAGCCCAUGUACCUGCUCAUCGCCCUGCUCCUGGCUGUCAACAUCUGUGCUGCUACAGCAGUGGUGCCCAAAAUGCUGGAGGGCUUUGUGCAUUAUGCUAACCCCAUAUCACUGCGUGGCUGCCUGGCCCAGAUGUUCUUUAUCUACUUUACCCUCCUCCUGGACUACAAUCUUCUGCUGGCCAUGGCCCUAGACCGCUACAUGGCCAUCUGCCACCCACUCCGCUAUAGUGACCUGAUGACCUCCCGCCUGCUGGGUGUGCUGGCCUUUUUGGCCCUGGCACGGAGCCUGGGAGUGGCAGUGCCCUUGGUGGUGCUAACUUCACAAGCUCAAUUCUGCCGGACAGCAGUUAUCCGACACUUUACCUGUGAGUAUAUUGCAUUGCUAAGCAUAGCUUGUGGAGACUUGACCUUCAACAACCGGUUGGGGCUGGCCAUGCGGUUGGUCACCGUGACCUUUGAUUUAGCCCUGCUGGGGACCUCCUACACCCACAUCAUCUAUGCAGCCUUCCGGAUAUCUUCUGGGGGAGCCCGAGCCAAGGCCUUGCACACCUGUGGCUCCCACUUACUGGUCAUCCUCACCAUCUACCUCUCUGGUCUCUCCACUUCCAUCGUUUUCCGAGUAGCCAAGACUGUGUCUCAGGAUGUCCAGAACCUGCUCAGUGCCAUCUACUUGCUGCUCCCAGGAGCCUUGAAUCCUGUCAUUUACGGGGUGAGGACCAGAGAGAUCCGGCAACAUGUAGAAAAGAUGCUCUGUGGAAAGGAAUUAGCCCAGGAUAUUAGGGAGAAGCCAAAGAGGCUGCAGAAUAUGAGGGUGAAGGGGAAAUUGCCCGGGUGAGAGAAUUUCAUCAACUUAGGAAACUGGAGCUGUGACCUCUGGGAAUUAAGAGAUAAGAGGGAGUACUGAGGGAAUUUCCUGACAUUAUGGGCCUAACAGCAGGUACACUGUUGGUAAACUAUUGCUUUUUCAAUUCUUAUAAUGCUUCAUUUUCACUCCAAUAACAAAAUUGCUUUUCACUAUUCAUCCUUGUUAGUUUAGUGCCUGUCCUCUUCUCCCUGACUCCUGAGAAAACCCCCAAUUAAUAUCUAGAUAUAUGGAGUUCCACUGGAAGUUAUAUGGAGCAAAUCACAUACACCAUGACUUGCCCUCAACACCCAGUAUGAAACAAAUACAAGCCAGGCUCUUCCCUGGUGCCUAGUCUCUUC